GUUACGGUUAAUCUGGCACCCCGGCGCAGCAGAGGUGCUGUCUCCCCGUCGCACGCUCUCUGGAGUUUGCCUUCUUGACACACCUUUUGUUGUCUCGUCUAGCGCGAGGCUGCUAACGGUUGCUAACGAGCAUCACCCCGCCUUGACUACGGGAAUAUAAACGAGCGAAGUGUUGAGAGGUUAAGGCACGAAAACAUUUUUUAAAAAAGAGUCCGAAGGGAGCCGAGAAGUGACGGCCUACACCUUGCCAGGAUGAGUGGUGAUGAAGUGAACCCAGCUGCAGUGCCUCAGCCGGUGGAGGAUGUUCAAGGAGAUGGACGGUGGAUGUCACAGCACACAAGAUUUGUGCAGGAGUGUAAGGACGCUGAACCGGACGUGCUUUUUGUCGGUGACUCUAUGGUACAGCUAAUGCAGCAGUUUGAGGUGUGGAGGGAAUUAUUCUCUCCUCUUCAUGCGCUCAACUUCGGCAUCGGAGGAGACACCACCUGUAACGUGCUGUGGAGGCUGCAGAACGGAGAGCUGGAGAACAUCCGACCUAAGGUGGUGGUGUUGUGGGUAGGAACCAACAAUUACGAACACACAGCGCAGCAAGUCGCGGGAGGAAUUCUUGCUAUCGCACAGCUGCUCACCACCUGCCUCCCCAAAGCAAAGAUAGUUGUACUGGGUUUGCUGCCUCGAGGCGAGCGCCCCAACCCACUGAGGGAGAAGAACGCCGCCGUUAACGGGUUCCUGCGGUCCUGGCUACCGCGACUGGGCCAGGCUCAGUUAUUGGACGUGAGCGGAGAGUUCGUCCACUCGGAUGGAACCAUCAUCCAACAGGACAUGUUUGACUUCCUCCACCUGACGUCGACGGGUUACCGCAGCAUGGCGAAGCCCCUCUGCGACCUGCUGCUCCAGAUACUGGAGGAGACGCCAGAGGAGAGACGGGCGUCGCUGGUUUGAUGGCCGCGGCCGUGCAGCACAUUUAUCCAGAGGCAUGUCUCACCCGCUGCUGUGGAAGACGGGGGAGACAUGUCCCUGGUACCUGCAAGGAGGAAGGGCUCACUCAUAGGGGGAAGAGACGAUCGCACCCCGAUGUGAGUGGGCCCACGAGGGGGUGCGGGAUCACAUUCAUGAGUGGAGGGUUGGGGGUGGAGAGGUGCUUGAAGAGGGAGAGAGACCUCACUACAGACGUAGACACUGUGAUUGCAGUAGUAACUUCUACUGCAAAAGGAUUUACCAAGGUCAAACUAGCCUGAUUUAUAGACCGAUACACUGAGGUCAUGAGGGACUGCAGUGGCACACACACACACACACACACACACACACAGAUUAAUCUUGGCCUGUGGUUAAAUGUGUGUUUCCCUCCGUCACCUGUGCCACGGAGAUACGACACAAAA